UAGCACAAUGUUCGACGUCUUCACCGAGGAAGUGGUUCGCUAAUCAGUGCGCGCGUGUCAAUAUCGUACAUUUUCGGUUCGUUUUCUCGCUUGGUUUCGCUCGUUCGUGGUCGUAAAGUGUUCCCGGAAGUGUACUGCCACUGGUGGUCAUCAACACUCUGCCCCAAUGUGGGCCCAGAGCGAGAAAAAAUCGAUUGAAAGUUUUCCUCCCUCGAACAUUUUUUUCUCGAUCCAACCCCGUCAUCGUCAUCAUCGGUCACCAUUAGCUCAUCAGAAGGAGCAGUGCGAGAAGAGCCCCCGUAUCAGUGGUGGAAGUGAGAAGAAUCCGAACGUAAUCUGUUCUGUGGCAGAGGCCGAUAGUCGGUGCUGCCGGGCACUAUUUCACCAGAACAAAACAGAAGAGCAUUGGAAAUAUUCAUUGUCGUCGUUGCUGCGGUCGGUUUCGUCUAUUGAUUUUGAUACAAACAAGUUGGUGGCAACAAUCGUAGAGGGCUUCAACCGCGGAAGCGUUGGAAGCGCUCGUGAGCCCCUUUGGAUGGAAGCAUGAACCAAGAGCCCUGCUCAUACGCCCUAACCCAGAUCAGUUACCUGGUUUCAAACUUGAACAAGAAAAACUUUGCCUCAAACAGUCGACAAUUAGCUCAGUUUGUAAAAGAUUUUGGAUUAGAAGCUGAUCGUCAUUUGCUGCGCUGUUUAUUCUCUACGGUUGAUUUCUCCUGCUCGGGUUCGAAAUCUGGAGACGCUGCUGCCAACAGUACCCCGGGACAUUCCAGGAGCAACAGCACCAGCAGUAGUGCCAGCAAUAGCAACCACAACAGCUACAGGAGCGGACCGUUGUCACUGCAAGCCCGAUUGCUGUCGACGGAACUGGUCGGGCUGCUCACAAAACCGCAGCUCGUUGGGAACAUUUGCUUUGCCGUGGACAAUCCGCUGCCGCAACAAAGGACACUAACCCCAUCGACAAGUCUAGUAACUCAAAUCGUUAGGACCCUCAACUGUUCACCGAUUCAACAAGCCGCACUUGCCCUCGCACUUAUUCAUUCAUCGCAUCCGGAUAUUGUGCGAAGUGCUGAGGAGAACGCUCGAAGUUGCAUUGCCGAACUCAUUCAAUCUUAUAUCGACCAAGACACAAACCAACCAACUCAGGAGGGAAGUCUUAACGACGUAUCUCCUGAACUCCUGCAGCACAUACUAUCGUUAAUUUCUCACGACAAGCACCUGGACUUCGGUCUAUCAGACUCGACUUACGGAAAGUUUGUACAGCAACUGUGCCGUGACUUUCCUCGGGAGCGGGUUCCAUUGAUCCUCGCUCCGCUGCUGUAUCCGGAAAAUUCGGAACUUUCAGCCGAGUCGGUCAAAUCGAACACUCAGUCGCUGCUGCUUUCUUCAAUCAUGGAUACGGCCUGGGGAAGUCUUGUGAUGGAGAUCGGAUACGGUUUCACUGCCUCGGUGGAGGAUUGUAAGAAUCAUCUGCUGAAGGUCGGUGGUCGCGAGAUUUCCGCCCAGGAUGUCGCAAAGAUCAUUUCGUCAAUGUGUCUCACCCAUGCGUCGCUUUCGGAAAGCAGCAUCAAUUUGCCGACGCCUAGUAGCUUCUGGCCUCAGGGCAGCGAUCCCGGAGGAAAAGGGAAGGACGGCCAAAAUGGCGGGUCCAGUUCUGAGAACAGCACCUGGAAGCCGGAGAUAUUCGUGCAGGCUUUGAAAGAGGUGGUUCCCAGCUUGAACUGGAAGGAUGUUUGUUUGGGUUUGGAUCACUCCAAUUUUCUGAUUAAGGAUCGACCAGGAUUAGCAUUGCUGUUAUCUAUCGUCAAAAUGGGAAUGCAGGCAAGCGGUCUGGGGCAGAACUUCCCCGUGGAAUGUGUCUAUCAACGGUGGACGAAUGUGGAAGGACAAUUGUCCCUAAUAACAAUGAUUUUGAAGAGCCCCGAUCUGUACUCGUUUGCAGACCACAUUUACACGAGUGUUUCGGUUGAUCUGCUGAAGACUCCACCGGAAACGGAUAAUAAGGAAGUUGCAUCGUGGUUGUCACUUCAUCUAGUGGACGUUUUGUUGUACAUUGCUGACAACGGAUUUUACGCACAGGCGAUGGAGAUUUUCAAGAUACCAAUUCAACUGUGUCCGGACAUUCUUUUCAUGGCAUUACUGCAAAUCAAUCCACCGGUAACUGUCUCUCGCCAGGAAUUGUUCACUACGUUAAUCCCGAUAUUUCUCGGCAAUCAUCCAAACUCGGGUACGAUUUUGCAUCACGCAUGGAACAACACCAGCUUUAAUCCCUCGCUGAGACACAUUAUUCUGCAUUCGAUGAGCGAAUGGUAUCUGCGUGGAGAGAGUGAUCAGUCACGACUGUCUCGGAUUCUAGACGUUGCUCAAGAUUUGAAAGCCUUGUCUAACUUACUGAACGUUAGAUCGUUCAUAUUCAUCAUUGAUUUGGCAUGUCUCGCAUCUCGUCGCGAAUAUUUAAAACUGGAAAAAUGGCUAGCGGACAAGAUUCGAGAGCAUGGGGAACCGUUCGUGAAGACGAUCAUCAAGUUUUUGCAGCGUCGUUUCCCUCAGAUAAUGAUGGGAAAAUUCGCCGACGAGCAGAUCCCUAAAUCGGCCCAAUUACCUCCGGAGACCUUGAGCACUAUUUUGUCCUGUUUGCAGGCCUGCGUUGGAAAUGUGAGUCCUGAAGUCGCUGAUAUUAUCAUGAGCAUGACUCAAUAUAACAUUCUUUUGACCAGUAAGACAAGAGCACAGCAAGCUUCGCAGCAACAACAGCCACCGCCACCUGGAGUUGUAAGACCGCAUCGUGUAUUGGAAGCUCCCUUCAGUGCAUCGACAUUGGGAGGUCAAAUAUUUCCAGGGGCGUCGGUUGAAUCCUUAUCUGGGUUGGCAAAUAAUAUGGCUGGGCUCAAUUUGGGAGGACCAGGCAACAGUGCAUUCAGCUUCGGAAGUGCUCUUGGCAAUCUGGUAUCGACUCCAGCAUCGCCAUCUAGGCUGCUGGCCGGACCAUCGAAUAGUCCAUUCCCGUUGAUGUCGAUGCCUCCGACGGCACCCGUCGGAAACAUUGGACGUUUGCCACAAACUCCAACUGGUGACAAACUCGCUAUGGCUACUGCCGGGCAGACUAAUUUUGCCGAAAUCGGAAUGCAAGCUGUUUCCAAGGAGGUGGAAGAUGAAGCCAAUAGCUACUUCCAACGAAUUUACAACCAUCCGCCACAUAACACACUGUCUAUUGAUGAGGUUCUGGAUAUGUUGCAGCGAUUCAAGGAUUCCCCCAUCCGUCGGGAAUGUGAUGUGUAUCAAUGCAUGCUGCGUAAUCUUUUCGAGGAAUACAAAUUCUUCCCCCAGUAUCCUGAUAAAGAGCUGCAGAUCACUGCUCAAUUAUUCGGUGGAAUGGUAGAACGAAACCUGGUAACAACUUACGUUGCUCUCGGAUUAGCGUUGCGUUGUGUGCUGGACGCGCUCAAGAAGCCGGAAGGCUCUAAGAUGUACUACUUUGGAAUCACGGCUCUCGAUCGCUUCAAAAAUAAGCUGCAUCUGUAUCCAAAAUACUGCGAGUACGUCCAUGGAAUUCCACACUUUGAUCAGUUCCCACCGCACUUGAUCGAGUACAUCGAGUAUGGAGCGCAAGGUCAAGAGCCCCCGAACAAGACCCUCGGACCGGGACCGUUGCCGUCAUCAAUCACUCAACUUCUUCCGGGUCCUUCCGGAGUAGGUGGUGGAAAUCCGCUCUAUCGUACCAGUUCCGCCACGGGAACCAGUAAUCUCACAUCAGCUGCUCCGCCGGCCGCACCCAAAGUAAAUCUUGGAUCUCAACUGGGUACUACCAACCAGCCUCCAAGGGUCAAGUCCAUUGCGAAUGCUACCAACAUCGACACCCUGCUAGUGGCUACCCAGGAAGGUGAAGAGAAGAUCAUCAAUCCACCGGAUGCUAUUCAGGACAAAACUGCAUUCAUCUUCAAUAAUCUCAGUCAAUUGAAUCUUCAGCAAAAGUGUGAGGAAAUCAAAGAUAUUCUACAGAAAGACUACUACGUGUGGUUGGCCCAGUAUUUAGUUUUGAAGCGAGCAUCAAUCGAAGUGAAUUUCCAUGUUCUGUACUCGAACUUCUUGGACGCUUUGAAGAUUCAGGAUGUUAACAAACUAGUAACGAAGGAAACUUUCCGUAACAUCAAGGUCCUGCUUAGAUCAGACAAAGCAAUCGCCAACUUCUCCGAUAGAAGUCUGCUGAAAAAUUUGGGACAUUGGCUCGGAAUGAUGACUUUGGGUCGAAACAGACCUAUUCUUCACUUGGACAUUGACAUGAAAUCCCUACUUGUCGAGGCAUACAAUAAAGGCCAACAGGAGCUGCUUUAUGUUGUUCCAUUUGUUGCCAAGGUACUGGAAUCGUGCUCGAAAAGUAAGGUCUUCAAACCACCUAAUCCAUGGACCAUGGCAAUUAUGAAUAUUCUUGCUGAGUUGCACCAAGAGCCGGAUCUAAAACUGAAUCUGAAGUUCGAAAUCGAAGUACUAUGCAAGAACCUUAACAUAGAUGUAGGAGAUUUGAAACCUGCCAUCUACCUGAAGGAUCCGGAGCGCGCACAGAACAUCGAGUAUCAACUAUCGCAGCCUAAACCUGCUAAGGAACUGCAACCGAUCCAAGUUAUCCAAGUUACAGAAGAAAUUGCAUCCGCCGGACCAUCUGGAUCACCAGCCAUGCCCGUAAUGGAUCCAUCGCUAGCCGUCACUGGUCCACCGGAACCGCGAUUCCACUACUCGGACAUCAACAUCACCAAUUUCGCUUGCAUCAAUCAGCACGUCAUAUACUCCCCCAACAUUGCACUUCUGCACACCCAUCCUCAUCUCAAGCAGAUCAUCAAGAACGCCCUGGAACGAACCAUCACCGACUGGAUCACGCUGGUAGUCGAACGCAGUGUUAAGAUCGCAUCUAAAACAUGCGAACAAAUCAUCCGAAAGGACUUUGCACUGGACCCCGACGAGCUACGGAUGCGAACGGCGUCGCACAAUCUUGCUCGCAAUCUGGCUGCCGGUAUGGCGAUGAUAACCUGCCGGGAUCAACUGAUGCAGAAUAUUCAGAACAACAUCAAGACGGCGUUCAUGACUACGCUUAGCCCGGCCCAGAAGGAAGUGGCAGAAGCGGCCGCGAAUCAACUGGCAGCCGAUAACAUGGAACUGGUUUCGGCGUUUAUUCAAAAGACUGCUAUUGAAAAGGUUGUGCCGGAAAUGGACAAACUGCUCUCAACGGAGUAUGAAAUGCGUAAGAUGGCUCGCCAGGAGGGACGUCGCUACUGCGAUCCCAGUGUGCUGACUUAUCAAGCGGAACGGAUGCCGGAGAGAAUUCGUCUCAGCGUCGGUGGCGUGUCGCCCAGUCAGCUGGCGGUGUAUGAAGAAUUUGCCAGGAAUAUUCCCGGAUUCCAGCCGAUUACUGAUCGUGACAAUGCUCUGUUUGCUCCUAAGUUGCAGGAAGCGCUCCCAACGGUCGCCCAGUUUCCCACACCGGCGGCUGUUGCUCCAGAUGAGAUAGGAGUGCUUUACGAUGAGCUGGCCAGCAAAAUGGAAGUUUUCAUUAGCAGCGCAGUUAAUGUACCUCAAUUGCAUGUCCACGUCAACAACAUGCACACGCUGCUGGAAUGUCUCAUCAUUGCACGUCGUUCGCGGGACAAUCUCACUGCAUGUAAUCUGCUAAAUAAAGCGGUCGAAGGAAUCAUGGAGGGCCUGAUGAACAUCCCGGACCAUAUCGAUCAAAUCAAGUUGUUCCGCGACAUUCACCUACGUGUGAUGCGGCUGCUGCAGGAUCCUCGCGCCUUUGGACCGAUUUGGACCAACAAAGCCAUCACCCGAUACAUGCUGGAAUGUCGAGAGGAAAUCCGCUACAAUGUCGAAGCGGUCGAUCUGCUGAUCUCUUCGAGUUUUGUUAACAUGCCACAAUACGAUAUGAUGUUGAUGCAGCUGAUGGACAACGGAAACAAUUACGUAGCCGUUGUGUUUGCCAUGCAGCUUGUGCAGACGUACUUUAUCGACGAGCGUCAAAAUACGGUUAUUACCGACAAUGAUUUGCUGAAUACAAUCGAAUUGCUGGCCAGACUAGCGGCUCAUCCGCGAGCACCGGAAGGUUUAGCUCAUUUGAUGGAAAUGCUUCGAUCGAAUCAUGAUCCGAACACAUUCCUCGUGGAUCGAGCCCACGCUGGACCUACGGCGCACAUUCAUUCUGGUAUCAUCAUAGCCAGGGCCACCGACAUCGAAGACCCGCCGGGAUUUGCCGAACGAGCAGAGUACCUGCUAAAAGACUGGAUUACAAUUUUUCACACCCCUUCCAAUUCGAAGGACAUGAUUAAAGCGUUCGGAGGUUUCGUCAACAAGAUGAAUGUAUACGGAAUACUGAAAGGAGACGAACCGCUGACGAGAUUCUUCCGUCAUGCCACGCAAUCCUGUAUCGAUCUGACCUAUCGCAACAUGAACGAUCCGAACUGGAAAACGAAAAUCUUCCAGUGGAUCGAUGCUUACGUUAGGUUGAUUGCUAUGCUUGUGAAGCAUUCUGGGGAGGGUGGUAGCACCAGCACUAAAUUGAAUUUGUUGAAUAAGGUCUUAGGCAUCGUGGUUGGCAUCCUGAUGCAGGAUCAAGAAUUGCACGGCACUGCUUUCCAGCAGAUGGGCUACCACCGUAUCUUCAUUAUGCUUUUCCUGGAGUUGAGUGCACAUGAUCCGGUGCUAGAAAAUAUCAGUCUCAGCGUGAUCACUGCCUUCUGUCACACGUAUCACAUUCUGCGACCAUCAUUAGCCCCUGGCUUCUGCUAUUCCUGGUUGGAGCUUAUUUCGCACCGGGUAUUCAUCGGACGCAUCCUGGCGUCCAUUCCACAGCAGAAGGGCUGGUCCAUGUAUUCGCAGUUGUUGAUCCAGUUGUUCAAGUAUUUGGCUCCGUUCCUACGCAACGCCGAACUGGCCAAGCCGGUUCAACAUCUCUAUAAGGGAACACUGCGGGUGCUGCUUGUUCUGUUGCAUGACUUCCCAGAAUUUUUAUGCGACUAUCACUUUGGUUUUUGCGACGUUAUACCACCGAACUGUAUUCAGAUGAGAAAUCUGAUUCUGUCGGCAUAUCCACGGAACAUGCGUCUGCCGGAUCCAUUCACUCCCAAUCUUAAAGUUGACAUGUUGACCGACAUAGGAGGUUCGCCACGCAUCUUUACGAAUUAUGCUGCCGCAAUAACUCCCAGCAGUUUCAAGAAAGAUCUAGAUUCAUAUUUGAAAGCACGAUCACCGGUGACGUUCCUUUCGGAGCUGCGUAGCAACUUGCAAAUCUCAAACGAACCCGGAUCUCGCUACAACAUCCCGCUGAUGAAUGCUUUAGUAUUGUAUGUUGGCACUCAGGCAAUCGCUCACAUUAGGUCGAAAAAUUUGGGUCCCACGAUGGCAACCAUCGUCCACAGUGCCCAUAUGGAUAUCUUCCAGAAUCUAGCGGUAGAUUUGGACAACGAGGGUCGAUAUCUGUUCCUGAAUGCGAUUGCCAACCAGCUGCGGUAUCCGAACAGCCACACGCACUAUUUCAGCUGUGCGAUCUUGUAUCUGUUCGUAGAAGCCAACUCUGAAGCGAUUCAGGAGCAAAUAACUCGUGUUCUGCUGGAACGACUCAUUGUCAACCGUCCGCACCCGUGGGGAUUGCUGAUUACGUUCAUCGAGCUGAUAAAAAACCCAACUUACAAGUUUUGGGACCACGACUUCGUCCACUGUGCACCGGAAAUUGAAAAACUGUUUGAAUCAGUAGCCAACUCCUGCAUGGUGGUCAAAUCCAAAAGUCAACCACAGAUGCCGAAUGUGGAAUCGGAAAUUGCCGAGUGCAACUGAACCACACAACAGCAUUAAACCGAUAUAUCGACGUACCACGUACUAGCGCUAGUGUUUAGUGUAAGCAAAAAGAAACAAAAAGAAUGCACUUCUGUUAGACUGUUAGAAUACGUUGUAACAAUAAUGGAAGGAAAUUCGUUUUUAACAGUGUGAUAAGAUGUUGACGUCUAUCUAGCUGUUGUGUAAUAUUGGAACACAAAAAACUUCUCUCAAAACAUAUGUUUUAGACUAUCGUCAGAGACUGGACCCAAGACAUUGGCAUUGAAUUCUUUAUUUUUUAUGAACUUAAAAAUGGAAACAUUUUUGCACUGUUUGUUGGUUUGUUGUUUUUAGCUGCGCCAAAAUAUCAAUUUGAAAAUAGCAUAAUAGGUUUUAGAUUAUUUAAAUCUUGUUUAUAGCCAAUAUCAUAAAUGCGUAACAAAACUGAAUGUUUUUUUUUUUUGGCUAAGUCUGCACCUCUACAACCGAUGGUCCAACAACAUAAGCAAAAAUCAAACAAUAGGGACGGGAAAUGGUGAAUGUCUGUGGUCAGUGUCUGGUAAAUGUGUAUCCCUCUCAGUAGUGAUAAACGACGGUGACGGUACGAACGAGUCUGGAACACAUUGUAGGUACUGGGAUUUGAAGAAUAUUCGGCUGUCCGAGUACUACUGUGCUGGAAAAUGAAAAACGAAAUAGAAGCAACCGUAACUGUGUCUUAGAACUUAUGCAAUGUUAGGUGUGCUUUAUUAGAAACUAUCCCAUUUAUGUAACUAUAUGAACGGAUCAUUGAUGCAUAUAAAUAUAUCGAAACUAUGAUUGUA